GGAGAGAAUCUGAAGGGGGAGGAGGAGGAGGAGGACUCCUUCUUCCGACACGGCAGCGGGGGAAAGAUACUUAAAAAAAACAUAAAUAAGUCAAAUAAACACACGGAGCGAGGCUCCGGCGCGAAGCGGCAGAGGAAGAAAAAACACACGGAUGUGCCUCCGAAAGCGCCGCGGAUUCCGCCCUCCGGACCCCGUUAGAGCCACGAUAGUGAGUAUGUGAACGGCUGCAGAGACGAGCCUGGACGCGGGGAGGGAGGUGCUGCUGUCCGCUUCAUUUCCCUCAGCGGAGAGGCGACUCCUCGCUCAGCGGUGCUAAGGAAAGGUCCGAGGCACAAGGAGGGGGGGUGACAUGCAUCGGCCCGGUCUGCUGACACUGCUGACGACUAACUGGCUGCUCGGCCUCUCAACAUGACAGACGUGCUGUACACAGGUCCCAUCCCAGCGGAACGAGGAGCAGAGCUGGUCAUGGGAGGAGGCCGCAGCGAGACCUCCACCCUGAGUGGGACGGGAGGCAGGCAGGCUAUGACCACUACCCACAAUUCCCAGCGGCCUAACGCCUGCUGCUUCUGCUGGUGCUGCUGUUGCAGCUGCUCGUGGAAUGAAGAGGAGCGAAGGAGACGAAGAAGGAGGAAGAAGAUUUCACUAACCAAGAUGGAAAAUAUACAAGCCUAUGAACCCUGCCCCAAAGCCUCAGUGGAAGAGAUCCUGCUCUGGUCUCAGUCCUUCGAUAAGCUCAUGAGGAACCCAGCAGGACGAAACGUUUUUAGGGAGUUUCUGCGGACGGAGUACAGCGAGGAGAACAUGCUGUUCUGGUUGGCCUGCGAGGACCUCAAACAAGAAGUCAACAAGGGCGCGAUUGAGGAGAAGGCACGCUCCAUCUAUGAGGACUACGUGUCCAUACUGUCGCCAAAGGAGGUGAGUCUGGAUGCCCGGGUUCGAGAGGUGAUCAACAGAAAGAUGCAGGAGCCAGCGCCUCACACGUUUGAAGAUGCCCAGCUUCAGAUCUACACACUGAUGCACAGAGACUCCUACCCACGAUUCCUCUCGUCCAAGAUCUACAAGUCGCUAACUGAAGGCGGUUCAUGUACCUCCUCCGAGUCCUAGUCUCACUCUGGUCUGGACAGUCCAGCGCUGCUGUCCUGCAGGUCCAGACCUUUAAAAGAUUCACAACUCUCUAAUUACUGCCAGGUCUUUGUUUCUACAUUUCAUAAAUGUUCAGUUCUAAAACCUCAUUUUCUCUAUUCUUUCUUUUUCCCCUCAGUCCUUCUCUCUUUCUCUCCAGUCCAGAUUCUAGGAUUUAUGUCAUAUUGUUUAAUUCAUGGCCAUGUACACAGCUCUACAAUGUUAACUCCAUCUGUCUAAGGAGAGUUGUCAGACAGAGGUAGCCAUGUUUUGAUGGGACAGCCUCAGUAAUGAAAAGCUUUUACAGUCUUCGGUGCAAAACUACAGUUUGGUUGAACUAGUCACAGCUAAAGUCAGUUCAGCUGGUCCUAGUUAGUUGGUGUUAUUGUUGGCAUUUGUUGAUCCGACAUGGAUUCAUCCUUAAAGUUGCUGAAGAAACUUUACUUGAGCUUAUUCCCUUUAGUGGCAGAACGGUUCUGACACAGUGUCACUGAUGCCAACAGCCCUCCCUCCUCACCCGCACACAGUCGUCCCCAUAGUUGUCCGCACCUCCCACCUUUCACACAGCAGAGUCUCCCACAUGAAGGUUCAUUAAUAUAAGCGGAGCCUUUAAUUUCAGUGGCAUCCUGGAAAAUAGUCACAUUGCUAUGUUUUCUUCUUCUCCUCGUUUACCUCUGAUGUUUCCUCCCACAAUGUUUAAGCAUUUCUUAGAAAUAGAAUCUAUUGCUGGAGACAAAUGUAUGUGUUCUAUUUUUAAAUGCAUUUUAAGAAGAGAAGUGAAUUUUACCCAUUAGUCCCUUGUUGUCAUAUGACAUAUGAAGGUGAAUGUAGUCAGCUCAGAGUGUGGCUGCUUCACUGGGACUGAGGCAGUGAAGGAUGGACGCUUAUUUUCAUCAUUUUCUUGAUUAUUCUUCUUUUCUUUCUUGCCUCACUUGUUGUCAGUCCUUUCAUUCACAUGACAAAUGGAUGGACGUCACUUUCUUCUAACUAACUACUGAUUUACUUUACACACAUCUGGUGUUAGGACAGAAGGAUUCCAUGUAUGUAUAUAUUCCUUCCCUGGAUUGUGGGUUUUGAGACUGAUCCCCAUUUAACACAGAGACACUGCAAUAAAACACUGGAGUUUUAGAAACAGCUCACACAACAUUUGAGUGACUAUACUUUUCAGGAACAGCCCAGAACCCUUGAAAUGAACAUGAGCUAGUCUCACCCUUUAUGAGACAAUUGCAUUAAUUUGUCUUCUACAUUUCAUAAAAUAUGUCUUAAUGAACAGGAUUCAGUCAAGACGGAGCUGGAUUAUCCUCCCUGAUAAAUAGACAUGUAACACAAGACAAGUCAUCAUGAACAAACAUCAAAGGUGCUGUGACACCCAUAAACUGUAUGUAGUCGUAUACACAAACCUGGAAGUUCAAAUGCGCACGCACACACACACAGACACAGACACACACUAUCUAGAGUGGCCCGCCUGGGCACUGCUGCUUCUGCUGCUGCUGACCUCUGUCUCUGUGACCUCUCAACUUUGACCUCACCACUGUCUGUCACCCACACGUAUGCCUGUUCCUGGUUGAUCUGUGGUUGGUCAACUCAGGAAGGGAGGUGGGAGGAAAUUCCAGGUGCAAAAAAUAAAUAUUCAUGAAAAACAAGUAAGAAAUACAUGAAUUAAGAUAAUAGAGGGAAAAAAAAGUAAGUAAGUAAAAAAAUGUAAGAGGGACACUUACAUCUAGUGCUUUGUGGGAAAUGUAACUUAAAGAAGGUGUCUAGGCCUCAGCCUGACUUGUGACUCAGAAUGCAUUUAUCUUAGUAUUGUUAAUGUUAUUUAUUUUAUAUUUUGUCAAAACUGUGAUUUUAAUUGUACAUAUAUAAACAAAACCAUUGAACAUUUCCUGUGUAGUGUUUGUGUCAUUUCAUUCUGGACCGCUAAUACUGACAAAUAAACCAUGAAGUGGA